AGGUCACUUCGGAGGACUGGGAGGUGCUGCGCCGCUGCAGCGCGGCGUCACCGGUGCACGCGCCCGCCGAGGAGGUCGCGCUAUGUCGAGAGCUUUGGGACCGCGCUGAGCGAGACUUCCCGGAGCUACAGGCAGAGCUGCUGGGCGCGAACCUGUGGCUCCUGAAGCCCAGCUCGGGCCAAUUCGGGCGGGGGAUUUUGGUGCUGAGUCGGCUCCCGGCCGGCGAAGCAGGGUGCCGGCGACUGCUCCAGUGGGCGGCGGCCUGCGGCCGGGGUGGCUUGAAGUGUGACCGGGACGUAAAGGAGGGCUGUGUCCUGCAAAAGCUCAUCGAGUUUCCACACCUUCUGGACCGGCAUGUGUUGGAGCAAGCAGAGGCCAUGUCGCCCUCGCCGGUGCCGAAGUCGGUGACGCCGAAGUCGGGGUUCAAGUACAACCUGCGGAUGCUCGCGCUGGCCACGCUGCGCCUGCCCUGGCGCUGCUGGCUCUACUCUGAGGGCUUUGUGAGCCUGGCUCUGAAGCCCUUCACCCACAGCGCGGAGGCCCAGAGCCAGAUCACCAACCUGCGGCAAGGAGAAGGCAGUGACUGCCAGAGGCGUUGGCCCAUCCGUGCGCUGGAUGCUGCGCUGGCGACCUCGGGCCUGUCCUUCGAGGACCACGUGAGGCCCCAGAUCCGGCAGGUCAUCCGCGAGCUCUUCAAAGCCCUGGCUGCGGCUCCCUGCUCCCUGCUGCCCCUCGAGGACACGGCGAAGGAGGGCGAGGGCCGCAGCGCGGCGGGGCGCAAGCUGCGGCGGCUGGGCUUGGACUUCCUGGUGGACCGAAACGCCAAGGUGUGGCUGCUGGAGGUUAACUUUCUGAAGAAUGGCUACGCCUUGGGCCACGCCCAAAGUGGCAGCGCCGGGGACGCCAAGCGGGGCUUCGUGGCGGAGUUCCUUGCAGAGGAGGAGGUGCUGCGCCGGCAAGUGGCCGCAGGAGAAGGAGAAGUGGUUGCAGCUUCCUUCGAGGAGGUGACACCCGCAUGCACCGAAGUCACCGGCGAAGCAAAAGAAAGUGGCGGCAGAUGCUUCGGCGGAGGCCUUGCGCGAGGUGAAGACGCCGACGCGGGCGCCCUCGCCGGGACCUCCAUUUUGCUGGGUGGCACUCGCGGGCGGCUUUCCUUGCUUCUGGGGCAGGAGGCAGAUGGAGAGCCGAAGCGCAAGAAGAGGCGGCGGAAGGAGAAGGGUCAGGAGGAGUCUGUGCCAGGCGUCACGCCCAAGGCCGCGCCGCUCGCUCCGCCCGCGGCGGAGGCUGAGCACGACCACGCAGGUACCUCGCCAAAGGAGCAGGAGCAGGUGCUCCUUGCUCCUGGCCAGGCGGCCACGAAGCCCAAGAGGAAGGCGAGGAAACCCAAGCCGCAAGGCGAGGCAGAGGCGGAGGGGAAGGAGCCUUCAGAAAAAGCUGAGGCUGAGGCGCCAAAGGAGGCGCCGGAGGCAGAGAAGGAAGGCCGGCCGAAGCGCCGAAAGAAGCGGGAGAAGAACCGCGAGGCGGAGCAGGAGGAUGCGCGUCAAGAUGACCAGGCAGUGCUCUUGGCGGCGGUCGAGGAGCUUGCGCCCGAGAAGAGCCAAGAAGCCGGGGCUGAGGCGAAAGCGCGGCGGCGGCGGCGCAAGGUGCCCAAGGAGCCCAAGGCGGAGGUCGAGGCUCCAAAGGUCGAGGAGCCUCCGAUCGAAGAUUCGCCCGAGGUCAACGCCAAGUACGGAGACCUCAUCCGGGCGGUGUACCAGCGCAACAACCCCGCCAAGCUUGGGGAGGUGGAGUCUCUGCUCCAGAAGUACAAGGGCAUGGAAAUGGAGUUGUACCAGCGCGUCUGUGAGAAAUACGCAGAGAUGCCCAAGGAGGUCGACGAGAGGGGCGAUCAAGAUGCCGCUCCCGAGAGAUCCGUUCCACCAGAGGACAGUCGGGCGCCGGCCUUCGCGAAGAAGGCCUCAGCGCCCCCUCCCAAGGUGCCGAGCCGGGUGCAAACUGGGGAGGCCUAUCCCUUUGAGGAGGACGAGGUGUCGGUGAACUCCGAGUCAUCCUCCUCUGAUUCCGAGGAUAGACCAGGCUCUGAAGGCAGGGGGAGCUCCGCCCGGCAUCCUCCACCCCCCAGCCGCGCUGCCGGCGCUGCCGCCGCCGGCGCCUGCGCUGCCGGCGCUGCCGGCUCUGCCGGCGCUGCCGGCGCCGCAAGGGCCGCCAGGAGUCUUCGAGCAGAAUUCUCCCAGCUCGGGUUCCGGUUCCUCUGA